AUGGAGCUGUGGCCUUUGCUGCUCUUCUGCCUCUCCUCCUCCUCCUCCUCCUCCUGCGGGGAUGGCGCCGGGCCCGAGGCCGCUGAAGCCGGCGAAGGCCGCCGGGACACCAGCAACCCCAAGCGCCUCCAUCCCUGGGUCGGCGAGCGGAGGCAGGAAGCUGCCCUGCGGGAAAGUGUUAAAAGAAUUAGGAAUUUGAAUUCAUUAUUACCAAAUGACAGCAUCGCUGCUUUCUAUGGAAUAAAUCAGUUCUCCCACUUAUUUCCUGAAGAAUUUAGAGCUAUUUACUUACGAAGUAGACCUUCUACAGUUCCCAAAUACUUUGCAGAAUCAGGGGAAACAGAAGCAUCCUUACCAGCAAGAUUUGACUGGAGGGAUAAAAAUGCUGUAACACCAGUAAGAAAUCAAGAAACUUGUGGAGGCUGUUGGGCUUUCAGUGUGGUUGGCAGCAUAGAGUCUGCCUAUGCAAUGAAAAGGAAUGUUCUGGAAGAACUCAGUGUUCAACAAAUCAUUGAUUGUUCAUACAACAACAACGGGUGCAAUGGCGGCUCUACUAUCAAUGCUCUGAAAUGGCUAAACCAGACCCAUGUGAAACUAGUGAGAGAUUCCGAGUACUCUUUUAAAGCGCAAACAGGAUUAUGUCAUUAUUUCAGUCGCUCGGAUUUUGGAGUCUCAAUCACAGGGUACACUGCAUUUGACUUCAGUAUGCAGGAAGAAGAAAUGAAGAAGAAACUUGUUAAAUGGGGUCCUUUGGUAGCAAUUGUAGAUGCAGUUAGCUGGCAAGAUUACCUGGGUGGCAUCAUACAGCAUCACUGCUCCAGUGGAGAAGCAAAUCAUGCUGUUCUCAUUACUGGCUUUGAUACAACAGGUAGCACCCCCUAUUGGAUUGUACGGAACUCUUGGGGACGUUCAUGGGGAAUAGAUGGCUAUGCUCGAGUUAAAAUAGGUUCCAAUGUCUGUGGUAUUGCUGAUGAAGUUUCUGCUGUGUUUGUGUGAAACGGUUGGCCUUAAAUGAAGGAUAAGUGGCAAUCAUUUUU